GCAGACUCGUCGGAGUUUUACCUCUUCAACGUCUUCGUCUCCCUGUGCUCUGAAUCCCAGUAGACUUGUUCAAUGUCACUUCAUCGAUCUGCUCCUUGCAUCGCGAUACACAGCUCGCUUCCCUGCACAAAGCUCAGCAGUUGCACUGCAUGUUUUAUACUGCAGAUUGCAGCACUUCAGUAAAAGUGUAAAUGUUUACAUGAAUCCAGAUUGAGAGACGAUGGUUCAUGUCCCCAAUUCUGUGACAGGGAAAUGCUGAACUCAUUAGAAGUUGAUUCGAGUCGAGGUGCGUAGACAGUAGACGUCGCAAUUGCUAGACAUGGCCGGGUUUCAGAGCAAAGUGCUACCGCUUUUGAAUGCGUCGUUGGCUGUGUUCAUACUGUUCGUGAUCUUCAAUUAUCUGCGCAUGGAUUUUGCUCUAGUCGAAGGGAAUGAAGCCUUGGAGAGACAAUACAGGGCGCAGACGGUGACAUACAAAAGGCAAGAUGGUGGAUUGGGCAGACUGCAGGUUCUAACAUUGGGCAGCUCCGUCAACCCAUCCAAGGAACUACCAACAGCAGAGGAGAAAGAAGAAGAUCAGGAGUUCGAAGAUUCUUCCAUUUCCGAAGAGUUGGUGGCAGAAUCCAUCAAGAGGUUCUUGAAGGACCAGAUGGAGAGCAACUUGUUGAAGGAUCAGGACGCCUGGCUGAAGCAAAUUUGGCAAACAGGAGCAGGCAAACACAUCUCCGUUCUCCAAUCUUCAACGCAGGAGUUGCUGAGGCAGGUGCUCCUCGAGCUUCAAAAGCUGGAGCGGACUUUCAAAGCCAAACAGUUGGGACAAGAGGACGACGAGGAGGACGACAGCUUGACUCAAGUGUCGAGAUACUCGGCAUUGCGCAACGAAGACCAAGCAGAGCUCGGAGAAUUCAAGUUCAGAGAAUACGGCCGUGUCUGCCAGCUGGUGGUUCUCAGCUCCUACAGAUCUUCCUUAAAGGAAUUUACAGUCGUGACUCUAAGCCCCAGUGUCCAGCCGGGAGCUGAAGGCCCGGUUCACGACAGUUGUGUCUGGCUUCCGGAUGGGAGAGCUCCAGUCUCCCAGAAAUUUUCCUCCCUCGAUGAAAUGAUUCUAUCAGGGAGGUAUCCAGAUCGAGAAGGUAUCGUGGAUCUUAGAUACGUGGAAAACUCGCAUGGGCGAAUCUACGAUACAUUGGUCGUGCGGUGCUCGUUUCCUGAGGCAGUGGGAAUUGAGAGAGAGGGCGGAUUUCUCUACCUCAAUAUGUCGGCGUCCCCGGGUUCAAAAUCCUUCGAGCUCAUCCCCGUGUUCCAUGAAAGACCUCGGCAGCUGAAGGACAGCACGUACGAGAGGACGAGUUUCCAGUACCAGUAUGCCUACUGCUCUGCUCCAGUUUGGACGAAUUCCAGCGCUUCACACAUCAAGCAAUGGUUCAUGUACCACCACACUCUGACGGGCGGCAGUAUCCACUACUACAUCUACGACACGACGGGAAUCGACGACGAAACCAUGGCAGUGCUCAAGCCCUUGAUGGACAUGGGUUACCUGACGUUCGUCAACCUGCACAGGCAGAGACUGUACGAUGCAUGGGCUAACACUGAGGACCUCAUCAUCAACGACUGCCUGAAUCGGGUCCGAUUUGUCGCAAAAUGGGCUCUGUUCUGGGAUUUCGAUGAGUAUCUGCACGUGGCUUCUCCACUGUCUCUGUCUACCUUGCUUGCGCAAGCUGAGGAGAGAGCUGCUCCUUGGGUUUCGUUCGGUAACAUGUUCUACAAUCGCAAGUAUUGUGCCCCGGAGUCGGAAGGCGGGGACUGGGCUGUGGAGAGGAUGGUGUACAGACUGGAAUCGCCCGUCUGUGGUCAGAAGAACAUCAGUCAUGUUUGCCCAGGAGAGAUGGGGCACCGUAAGUGGAUAGCCAAUCCGAGAAUGGUGAAGGUUGGGUCGAUUUACAGAGCGGUCGAUCCUCAGAAGAACGGGAUCAUUCUAGACACUGACGUUGCCAGGAUCAAUCACUACAGAGGAAUAGCCACUAAAGCUCCAGACUCCGAUGAAGUUGACUGCUCGAUUAUCAAAGACCCCACUCUUGUCAAGGAAAAUGACACCGUUGACGGAUGGUGGUUCAAAGAUGAAGAAUUUUCCACUUUUGCUGGUUCGUUGAAAACCAGUGCAAAGAGCUUCGAUGUGUUCCAAGCCCCACGUCAAGAUAGCUGAGGAAAUAAGGCACUGCUACUGAUCUCACAUUAUUAUCAGUGCCUUGAAAGUGGGAACAAUUCAUCAUUCUUUCGCUCAAUUCAUUUAUUUAACGAGGUUAGGAGCAUAAUUCCAGAGUUAAAAACUCAAUUGUUAGCCAGCUUUAGAGUGUGAGAUCAGUACUCACGCUUGUAUAUUAAUACGAACACUUCCAAACAAUUCAUACUCCC